GAAAUUUUAUAAAAAUUUUAGAUGCUACAGUGACGGGUUUCUGUCAAACAAAACCAGUCCGAAAGAAUUUGAAAGGCUGGAGCAUUGUGAAGGGAGAAAGGACUAUCGGACCCAAACACAUCUCAGCUUUUCUUGGAAAUGUUGGUGUCCCAGGUACUUUGCCAAUCUCUCCUUCACCUUGCACUUAUCUGCCUGUGCCAAGGGCAAAAUCGAGAGUUUGUGAAACAACAGAGAUGGGACAGAGUCACCAACGAUGCCAUGUAUGACUACUCACCGCUCCUGCCAGAUGGCACAGAAAUAACCAUCUUCCUCUUCAGAGACUUACCACAGAGCCAUUACUUCCAGGUGAGAGACAAGACCCCAUUCUCCAUCCGAGUAAAUCCUUGCGAUGCUACCGUCGAGUGGAAAGUCACUGUGGACGAGUGGCCAGCACAUGGCACUUACCCCUUGGAGAAACUUGAAUGGAACUGGGUUAGUAAAAAAGACCUUUUUAGCUACAAGGGAAACACAGCACAGACUUAUGUGCAAACUUCAUCACACUCCACCUUCCACAGGCUAAAGCUCCUUUCAACUGAGAGAAGCAUUCAAAUCAGAGUCUACCUGACAACCAAGCCCGAGAAUGAGCCCCCUUACCCAGACCUGCCAUUUGACCCUCGAGUAAAUGUUGCUUCUGUUGGACGGACGACAGUGACCCUGGCCUGGAAGCCCAGCCCGGCGCUUUUACAGGAUGAGGAGAACAUUCAGUAUUGUCUCCUGGUCAACCAGAAACACAACUACCAAAGUCUGUGUGCUGCCGAUAACCAGGCAGAGCUGGGUGCUGGCCUUUGGCCAGAUUUGCAGGUGGUGUCCAUCUAUUCCGGUGGUCAGGCGAUCCAUCUCACCAGAACAGAAGAUAUUCAACUCCCUAACAAUCUUCUCAGCAGCCCAGUCUCCGGAGAACCAAAGGUGGAUAUCAUGCAGCUCUGUGUUGGCAACAGAAAUAUUUAUUCAGUACCAGAGUUGCUACCCAACACUCAAUACUACUUUGACGUGUUUGCUGUUAAUGUUCUCACCAACACCAGCUCUGCCUACACCGGCACCUUUGCAAAAACAUUACAGUGGCCAGAUCCAAACGUUCUCGAACUGAAGGAAGGAAUUAUGAUCCAGGUUUACGUCCGGAAAGAUGGUCUGAAGUUUUACAGCUUCAGGUCCAAGACUUGGCACAGAAAGGUGCAAUUCACAUUCCACUCAUGUGGAAAAAUAUACACUAGAAUCGAGAGAAAUGGCAAAGCCAUGGUAUCUGAAAGCAUAGAAAACCUGAAGCAUUUUCAAUUGAAUGGAAAAGCUAAAGCAAGGUAUAUCAUUGGAAUCAAAUCCAUGGGGCCCUUGGAGGUCCUUGUAAAGAUUCUAGUUUCUACACGUCCCAACAAACCUCUCUUCCCUCGUCUCCCAGACAGUCUGAAACUGAAAUCCUUCAACAGGCUCAGAACCUGCAACUCUGUCACUGUUGCUUGGCUGGGAACAAGCGAGCAGAACAGGUACUGCCUCUAUAAGAGGGAGAUUGGAGAACAACAACUGGAGAGAGAAAGGAAGAACCAAAGCUGGUGCUUCGGCCCAGAGGCACGGAGAGUUUCGGAGAAAGUAGGCUGCAAACAUUUUCACAACCUCAACCCUCAACGAGCAGUGGCGGUGGAGAAGGUCACGGGGCUGAAGGCAGGGACCACCUACCUAUUUGAUAUCUAUGUGAUUGGGCACAAGGGUCAUUCUGUCAAAUACCAAAGUAAAGUGGUAAAAACAAGGAAAGCAUGUUAACUUUAUAUCCAAUUUCAGGAUAAGCUCUAUACAAACGUCUUCCGAGAAAAAGAGCCCCAGCAAAUAGGCUGCAAUCAAAUAACUGGAACAAACUUUGUACAAGUGAAGUAAUUCAUAUAGAUCCAACACAGUGACAAGAUCGCUGUCUGAAAAUUACUUUGUGGAACCAUUGGUGUAAAUUUUGACAAAUUCUGUAGCUUCCUCCACAAACACCAGUUGGAAG